AUGCUGGAUGCUACUUAUGUUCAGUUCUUGUUUCAGAAUGAAGUUGAUUUACUUUCAGUGCAAAGAAGGGAACUGUGGCUUUUCAAUAAUUGGUUUGUUGCAAAUCAUAGAUGGGAGCCUGCUCCUGUCUUAAAUUUUGUGACUACCAUAGAUCUUUGGGUGCAGAUGCGAGGCAUUCCUCUUCUCUAUGUUUGUGAGGAGACAGCUUUGGAGAUUGCUCAUGAGAUUGGUGAGAUCAUCACGCUGGACUUCCAUGAUGCAACGAUGACUCAAAUUGCUUAUAUUAGAGUCAGAGUUAGAAUUGGAAUCACUGAUAGGCUUCGUUUCUUCCAAAGAAUCACUUUUGAUUCUGGGGAAACUGCUCUCAUCAGGUUCCAAUAUGAGAGAUUGAGGAGGAUUUGUAGUAGCUGCUUCAGAGUUACACAUCACAGGAACUAUUGCCCUUAUAGACCAAGGCUACCUAAUUAUGGAAGGGAAAGAGCUGUCUUCCAUGAUGAAAGGCUUAGAUCGUCUAUGAAUUCUCAGUCUCAAAUGACGGAGUCUUCAUUUCCAGCACCUGUGCUCCCUCCACCAAGAAUUGUUACCCCUCCACUGAAUCAUGGAGAGUUUCUUGCAGCCCAUCCGAAUUUUCCUGCUCCAAGAGAAGGCCUUAAUCAUCAGGGUCGAGGGACUUACUAUCAAGGGCUCUGUCAAGGUCAACAGGUCUCAACUGAUUCUAAUAUCACGCCUUCAGUUGGAACAGCACUCUCAACGGGUUCUCGUCGGGUUUUUGAAGUUGGUCAAUCUUCAAGAGGGGUGGAAACAAGGGAAACAAGGAAGAGGCAAGAAGAGAAAGGAACUCAUGAUGAACAAGACAAAGCGCACAUGAAGGGAGGGAUUCUGAACCCUCCAAAGAAAAGAUAA